GGAGCGACCAGCCGUACAAACGAACCCACACAAGCCUGAACUCUGAAGCACCAGUCCACCACCACCCCCCAAUCUGCACACUCCUCGAAUCAUGAAUCGCCGCCCACGCCGCAGAGGCAAGCGCGGGCGCACGAGCCCAGACCCCCCGGCCCCGGCUAAGCGCCGUCGUGGCCCGCUGGAGCUAGCGUCCGGCGAGCUCGAGGCCCCUCCAGCUCCGGUGCCGGCGCCGGCUGCGGCCCCGCAGCCGUCGUUAGUGAUGGUCGCAGGGCUGCCGCCCGGGUGCGGAGUCAUAGAGCUCAAGUCGCGGCUGCAGGCAUACGGCCCCAUCGCGCGGACCCGUAUAGACGCCGCCGCGGCCACCGGAUACGUCACCUUCCGUUCCGCCGCCGACGCCAUGACCGCCAUUGCCGCUUCCCUCGACCCCGAGGGCGGCAUCACCAUCGCAUCGAAGAAGGUUUUAGUUGUACAGGCAAGUGAGGCGCCAAAUAACUCAAAAAACGUAGUUCCAUCUGAACCAGCUGAUGCGACGGACAAUGGUGCAAGUGAUACUUCAGCCAUCCCAAGAUCCAGAGUAGCUCCAGAAGUGAUCCACAAAGCGCGAGAAAUAGUUGCUUAUGAUGAUCUGUUCUGAUAGGCAGCCUUCCUAUAGGUAAGGGAGGAAUUAGCUUGGUCUUGUACAAUGCUAGGAUCUUUAUCUGUGUAACUAUAAUCUAUGAGUAGAUCUCAGUGUUGCGUCGUAUUUCUUGACAAUUUCCUUUCUCCAGCAUGCACUAUGUGAGGGUUUUUCAUUGAAUUAAAUUGCUAUCUUUUACAA